AGUUUCUGUUUGGGGAUUUUUGUUUUUAGUGCAGUUUGCAACCCUCUACCUCCUCGCCUCUUUUCUUCUUCUGAUGUAUUAUCCCCGGGGCGGAUGAGCGUUUCGUAAUUGCAAGUAGAACUGUGAGAAGCCACGUCGGAAUAGUACUCAAGAUGGACAAAAAGUCCUUUGAGACGGUGCUGGAUGAAAUUCGAAAGGCUGUUUUGACAGAAUAUAAAUUAAAAGCAAUUGAAUAUGUUCAUGGGUACUUCUCCAGCGAACAGGUGGUUGAUCUCCUGAGGUACUUCUCCUGGGCGGAACCCCAACUGAAGGCCAUGAAAGCCCUACAGCAUAAAAUGGUGGCCGUGCACCCAACGGAAGUGGUCAGCAUUCUCAGCUGUUUCACCUUUAGUAAGGAUAAGCUGGCUGCCCUGGAGCUGCUGGCCUCAAACAUUGUGGACGCGCACAACUCUCGUCCCAUCGAAGAUUUAUUCAGGAUCAACAUGUCUGAGAAAAAACGGUGCAAGAGAGUCCUGGAGCAGGCUUCCAAGGCAGGCUGCAAAGCCCCUCACGCCAUGAUCUCUUCAUGUGGAACCAUCCCAGGGAACCCCUAUCCCAAAGGAAAACCCAGCCGCAUAAAUGGAAUUUUCCCCGGAACUCCUCUGAAAAAGGACGGUGAAGAAAGUACCAAUGAAGGCAAAGGAAUAGCUGCCCGGAUUCUUGGACCAUCCAAACCACCUCCCUCAACAUACAAUCCACACAAACCUGUCCCCUACCCAAUACCGCCAUGUCGGCCACACGCAACUAUUGCACCAAGUGCUUAUAACAAUGCGGGCCUGGUACCGUUAGCCAAUGUGAUAGCUCCCGGUAUUCCUCCUCCACCUCCAUACACUCCAAAUCCAGUAGGAACAGACAAUGAAGACCUCACCAGUCAGUCAAAACCUACACAGAGUCAAACAUUUUCCGCCCCAGCAAGUCAACUCUUCUCUCCUCAUGGUUCUAAUCCAUCGACUCCUGCUGCAACUCCCGUACCUGCUGUGUCCCCAGCCAAGGCAUUAAAUCAUCCAUCGGUGUCAGCAGCUGCCACUGGGGCCGGAUUGAGUGCCCCCAAUACUGCCCUGUCCGUGUUCCCAACACCUCAGCCAUCCACACCCAACCCAACUGUGAUUCGGACUCCCUCAGUGCCCGCAACACCUGUUACUUCCGCCCACAGCACCACACCUGCUCCUGUCCCUUCCAUUUUUUCUGGCCUAGUACCACUGCCAGGCCCCUCUGCCACUGCCACCCCAUCACCCCAAGCCAGCUCAACACCAAGGCUUACUCUGGCUUCCAGUGAGACAUUUGCAUCCACUUGUACCCCGUUCACCAGCCACUCCUUGGCCAGCUCCGUUGCUGGGUCAAAUAGUAACCCGAGCACAGCUGCCCUGUCAUCGGUCUUCGCAGGUCUGCCGUUGCCCUUCCCGCCGGCAUCCCAUGCCAUGCCCACCCCCACCCCUUCUGUAAUUGCCAGUGCUGCGGGCCCACACAAUGUGAACAGCCCUCUUCUGUCUGCCUUAAAAGGCUUUCUCACAUCAAAUGACACACACUUAAUGAAUUCCUCCGCCUUGCCAUCAGCGGUCACAAGUGGGCUGGCUUCAUUAUCGUCUCUUCCCAAUCGAAACUCGGAGUCUCCUGCGUCAGCCACUAACAAGUGCUAUCCCCCUGCGCCUGCGUCUGUUCCUGCUGCACAGAGGUCUUCAACCCCAGGGCUGGCCAUGUUCCCAGGCCUGCAGUCCCCAGCGCCUAGUGCCACCUCUGCAGCCCCAACGUUGCCUGCACAGUCUCCGUUAGCUACCCCGUCCUCCGCGGCACUGCCAGUCAGCUGUGGCCCCUCAAGCUCGCUUUUGCACGGUUCCCACGCAGGCGGCAUCUCAUCUGCCGCUGCUGUAGCAACUAUGCCUGUUAUGAUCAAAAGUGAGCCAGCGAGCCCCCCACCCUCAGCCUUCAAAGGUCCAGCUCAUCCUGGGACUCCUGCUCGAGGUGCCUUGGGCCUGUCGGGUGCCCUAGGCCGCGGCUACCCCACGACCUCAGUGCCCAUCAGCGUGUCCACUUGCCUUAACUCUGCACUGUCAGGCCUCUCCAGCCUCAGCACCCCCUUGGCUGGUUCCAUGUCCCUUCCGCCACAUGCAUCCUCCACACCCAUCGCCCCUGUGUUCACUGCCCUUCCUCCCUUCACUUCAUUAACCAACAGUUUCCCUCUACCCGGUAGUCCCUCCCUCAAUCCUGCUGCGUCCCUCGCGGGGCCAUCGACCACCACGUCUGCAGCUGCACACCCCAGCUCUGCAGCCAUGCGCACAGUGCUGCCCACCUCCAAUGCCUCGCCCGCGGCAUUUCCACUCAACCUGUCCACCGCUGUGCCAUCGCUCUUCGCGGUGACCCAGGGCCCGCUGCCUGCCUCUAACCCCUCCUACCCCGGCUUCCCCGUCUCCAGUGCUCCGAGUGGUGCCCCCACGCUGUCCUCAUUCCCAGGGUUGCAAGCACCCUCCACAGUGGCAGUUACCCCACUGCCAGUGGCCGCCUCGGCUCCGUCGCCUGCGCCUGUUCUUCCUGGGUUUGCCUCGGCCUUCAGUUCCAACUUCAAUUCCGCCCUGGUGGCACAGGCCGGUUUGUCAUCUGGACUCCAGGCUGCAGGAAGCUCUGUUUUUCCAGGCCUUCUGUCUCUCCCCGGUAUCCCUGGUUUUUCCCAGACUCCUUCACAGUCUUCCCUGCAGGAGCUACAGCACAGUGCAGCUGCGCAGUCGGCUUUGUUACAGCAGGUCCAUUCCGCGUCCGCUCUAGAGAGUUACCCGGCCCAGCCAGAUGGCUUCCCUAGCUAUCCUUCUACGCCAGGAACACCAUUUUCUCUGCAGCCAGGCCUAUCCCAAAGUGGAUGGCAAUGAGUUUAAAUGUGUUUAUUCUUCUUGGGAGCAACAUGAACUUUUGCCCAAGAACUGCAACGAACAAUCUGACAGAUAUGAAAUUGCCAGUAGUCUGAAAACGAGAGUGUCCUUAGGGACACUGGGACAGAAUUUACAAGUGCAGGUUGUAUUUUUAAAGUGGUUGUAAGUAUCAGAAUUCUUACUCCUAUAUAUGUAAAUAUGCUGAUAAUAAAUUGUAUGGAGAAUAGUAUUUGAAAAGUGUUUGGGGGCUUUUCGCCUCCUUUCCUACAAAGCUUUGAAUUAUGUGAGUGACCUACAUAGGCUAUUGAAGAGGGGAUGGAAGUUUUUAGAGCUAAAUAGAGCCUUAAGUCUGCUUGUGUCGCCUCCGCAGUGGGAAGUGAUAGCUGUGCCUCAGGUUGCAUGUGGCCCUGGGGGAGUUACUAUUUAUUCAGAUGCAUGUUAGCAUCAACUGGGAUGCAGAACUCCAUAUGUAUCCACAAAGGGAGACUUGAGAUGACUGUUAUUUUUAAUUUAUUAUCAAUAGUCAUACUGCUGAAUUUAACUCAAUAUAUUUCAGGAAAGUAAAAGUGGUACUUACUGUAGUCUUUAGAAUGACUUUCAAGUGUUUCAACUAAAAAGGUAUACCCAGAACUACUUUCUUAUAGAUAUGUAAGGGAGGCUGAAGAUAAUUUGCAAAGCAGGGCGUGGUGGCACACACCUUUAAUCCCAGCACUCCAAAGGCAGAGACAGAUGGAUCUUUGUGAGUUUGCGGCCAGCCUGG